UGUCGAAGUAGAACGAAGGCGGUGGAAGAAGAUGGGAAGCAGAGAGGAUGAGGAGGCGGAGGAGGAGGAGAAGGAGAAGAAGAAGAAGAAGAAGAAGAAGAGGAAGAAGAAGAAGAAGAAGAUGAUGAUGAUGAUGAUGACGAUGAUAACAGCUCCUCUGCUGCACCACCAGGAGUGCACUCGCAAUCACUCACUCACUCACUUACUCACUCCCUCACUCACCGACUGCAGUACAAUGUCCAGUGGACUGUAUCGUGUGCUUUCUGUCCUAUCUGAAUCCUGCUGACUCACUCCCCAAAUAAAGAGGGGAAAGAGAAGGAUAAGCACCACCCAGAUUCAACAACUGCAGAACAGAACAGCUCCCAGACCAGACCAGACCAGACCAGAGCAACAGAUAACAGAAACAACAACAACAACAGCAGCAGCAGACCAAGCAACAGAGCAGAAGAAUCCAAGGUCAAGUCAGUCCGAAUCUCCC